GAUUACAGUAUUUCACAGCAGUGGUUCGUGGUUUCUUUUCCAAACAACAUCGAAAUCGCCUCGCAUGCUCGGCCCAUCGUUGCAAAGCAUCGUCUGCCUUGCCUUGGCAUGGCGCAACGAUUGCUUCCUGCGUGUAGUGGCAUGGUUUGUUUCGGACCCUUGGGUUCCAACGCACUCCGAUCGAAUCGAAACCAUCGAAUCGAAUCAAACCGGGGGCUUGUUCACGCACGACCCGGCAAAGUAUCGGUGCGCGGUCUUGCACACAAAGGGGACGGACGACUUGUUCUCGCGCUCGCUCCGGCACCUCAGGAUCAUGUCCUGGACCUCCGCGCAGUUUCGGAGAUUGUUGGAGGUGAUCAUCGCCUCGACGACCGAGUUGUUGGUGACGCUUCGCUUGGGUGCCGAGGACGGCGAGUUGUUGUGGUGGUUGGCGCCCGAAUCGUGGCCCGUGCUCAUGCUCCGCGCUCUUGAUUCCAUGUACGAGCCGGUGGAAGAAUAGGAAGACAUGCUGGUGUUAUUUUGAUUUUGUGUUGCGUUGUUGUGUGUGUUGUGUAAAGAUUCUAAAGGCAUGCGAGUCACGGAGAAGUUUGUCCUGCGAGUGUUCUGUAGAUGUUCGGACGGAUUGUUGGCGUCGAUGUCAAACUUGUUUUGUGAUUGUAUGGAAUUGUACCAAGUACAACACCGUAAGGCCUGCUGCGUCCGACCGUGUUUCCGGCAUGGGUUGGGUUCGAGUUCCGUGUUCUCGAUCGAAUUCGUCACACGCGCAGAACAGCACAAAGGGAUGGAAAAAACCAAUUCAAGGUAA